GACACUAUGGCUUGCACCGAUAACACAACCGCCGCCAUCCACCGAGAAGGUGGUGCCACCACCAUCUCCGCCGUGCAUCCCGACAUAAUUCAAACCCACAUCCUCACGCGCCUCGACGGACCUGCGCUGGCUUCAAUUGCCACCACGUGCUCCCAACUCCACGCCCUCUCGGAACACGAGCAGCUCUGGGAGAGCAUCUGCCAUGCCACAUGGCCGUCAACCAGCACGCCACGCGUGCGCCACAUAAUCUCAACGUUCCCAGGCGCCUCUCGUUCUUUUUUCUCCGACUCCUUCCCUUCGUUUGCUGCUGUGGACACUUAUCGCCACGCGAACAUCGAGCGUACGCCGGAGCUUGUCACGGCUGUGGACCUGUUCCACGGGCGGAGGCCGGUGCUUUCGCGGGUGGUGGAGACGGAGACGGAGUCAGGGUGGUUCCGGUGCUCGCCGUUUAGAGUUGACGUGCUGGAUCCGAAGGAGGCGGUGGCGACGGCGAUGGAGUAUCCGCGAAGCGAGGAAGCGUGCGAGAGGCUCCGGGAGGAGUUGAGGCUGAGCUGGAUAGUGGUGGAUCCCGAGGGGAAGCGCGCGGUGAACGUGUCGAGCGGUAGGGCGGUGUCCGUGGAGCGGCACUGGCUGAGUGGGGAGGUGCGUGUGCGGUUCGCGACGGUGGUGGGCGGCGGGGAGAGGGGUUCGGCAUCGGAGGCUGUGCUGUGCAGCGUGACAGUGACUUGUGGGAGUGAGAUGCAGGUGAGGGAAGCGUGUGUGCAGAUGGAGGACAUGGAUGGAACGAUUCUGAAUGGGAGGGAUAGUUUGGGGAUUUUGCAAAGGGCUUUGGAGGGUAAAAGGGGAACAUUUUUUGUGGCCGGAGAAAAGGAUAGAUUCUUGGAAUUCAUGAAUCGAAAGAGUGAAAGAAAGGAAAGGAAAAUGAGAGACGAAAGAAGGCUGGACAUGGCCUGCGUGGCUCUCGCGUUUUUGUCCUUUGCGGCUAUUUCCACACUCUUUUUCUUCCGAAUAUAAUACUAUAAUAUACGUUUCAACAUCAAUAUGCAAUCUACAGACACAACAAACACACAGGAAAAAUUAAAUUGUACAGAUUUAACUAAACCAAGUACCUCCGUCCAUGAUGUAACGUCCUAUGCUAGCUUAAUUUUUGUUUAUUUUAAGCAGUAAUCAAUCUGCUAAUAGCUACGUAAGAGUUUGUUAAUUUGUGUACUACAUUUUGGGUUGAAAGAAAGAAUAAUAUUUUGUUUUCA